UCUCUCUCAAAUAAAUAAAUAAAAUCUUAAAAAAAAGUUUUUGACCAAUUUCUGAACUGUGUAUUCUGUCCCAUUGAUUGAUUUGCUUGUCCUUAUGCAAUAUCGCGCUUUUUUUUUUUUAAAGAUUUUAUUUAUUUAUUUGACAGAGACAGAGCGAGAGAAGGAACACAAGCAGAGGGAGUGGGAGAGGGAGAAGCAGGCUUCCCGUUGAGCAGGGAGCCCGAUGCGGGGCUCGAUCCCAGGACCCUGGGAUCAUGACCUGAGCCGAAGGCAGACGCUUAACGACUGAGCCACCCAGGCGCCCGAUAUCGCACUGUCUUGAUUACUGUAGCAUUGCAGUAAAUCUUGAAGUCAGUGUAACCACCAGCACUGAGCUUCCCCAUGACCUUCCUGGCCAGGCCCUACAUCAUCUGAUUCGCUCUCCACCUGGAUCGCUCUGCUCCAGUCACAUUGGGCACCUGGUUUCCUCCUCCAACGAGACAAAAUGAUCCCAGCCUCUGGGCUUUGCAGCUGCUGUUCCCUCUGCCUGGAGGCAUCUUCCCACGGCCCACAGACCUGGGCCGCGGUGUCCCCGAAGAUCAUGAUGGCGUAUAUGAACCCGGGGCCCCACUACUCGGUCAACGCCUUGGCCCUGAGUGGUCCCAGCGUGGAUCUGAUGCACCAAGCUGUGUCCUAUCCAAGCGCCCCGAGAAAGCAGCGGCGGGAGCGGACCACCUUCACCCGGAGCCAGCUGGAGGAACUGGAGGCCCUGUUUGCCAAGACUCAGUACCCAGAUGUGUAUGCUCGAGAGGAGGUGGCUCUGAAGAUCAACCUGCCUGAGUCCAGGGUUCAGGUUUGGUUCAAGAACCGCAGAGCUAAAUGUCGCCAACAACGCCAGCAGCACAAACAGCAGCUGCAGCCCCCGGGCGCGCAGACCAAGGCUCGUCCUGCCAAGAGGAAGGCAGGCCUGUCGCCGAGAUCCUCCUCCGACAUCUGUCCGGACCCCCUGGGCAUCUCAGACUCCUACAGCCCCCCUCUACCCGGCCCCUCAGGCUCCCCCACUGCGGCUGUGGCCACCGUGUCCAUCUGGAGCCCGGCCUCAGAGUCCCCCUUGCCAGAGGCCCAGCGGGCGGGGCUGGUGGCCUCGGGGCCUCCUUUGACCUCCGCGCCCUACGCCAUGACCUACGCCCCCGCUUCUGCUUUCUGCUCUUCCCCCUCAGCCUAUGGGUCUCCGAGCUCCUAUUUCAGUGGCCUGGAUCCCUAUCUUUCCCCCAUGGUGCCCCAGUUGGGGGGCCCGGCUCUCAGCCCCCUUUCCGGCCCAUCCGUGGGGCCCUCCCUGGCCCAGUCCCCCACCUCCCUGUCGGGCCAGAGCUAUGGCACAUACAGCCCUGUGGACAGCUUGGAAUUCAAGGACCCCACAGGCACCUGGAAGUUCACCUACAACCCCAUGGAUCCUCUGGACUACAAGGAUCAGAGUGCCUGGAAGUUUCAGAUCUUGUAGAG